AUCUUUAGGUAAUUAUUGUUAGAAUUAUAGAACGAAGACGGAGAUUUUGCCAAGUUUUCUGAUUAGCAUCCGCUUUCUCUAUAUGAUUGUCGAUCAAUGUCGGAUUAUUUCCCUGAGGAAGUAGUGAUUGAGAUUCUGUCAAGGGUUCCUGCCAAAUCCCUGGUAAGAUUUCUUUUGGUUUCCAAAACUUGGUACUCGUUGAUUAACAGCCCUGAUUUUAUUGCUACCCAUCUCAACAAUGUCCGUCUGGGAAAAACCCCAAAUAGUUCCUCACUUUCCCUCGUCAGACAAUCAAAUCUGUUUAGCCUUAAAGAGCAUUAUGUCCUGUAUUCGGAUGGUGGAGAGGAGGGUGGUGUGCAUGGUCGCCGGAAUCUUAUUUAUUUCGGCAGGAUUUAUUUCCCUGUGAAAUCAGAGGAUGAGAUUUUUCGAAUGGUCGGUAUUUGCGAUGGGUUAGUUUACAUAUCUGAUCGUAGCAAUCGGGAAGAGAACUAUUUGUGGAACCCUAGUGUUCGGAAAUAUGUAAAAUUACCACCACCAACAAAUCCUCCACCUAAUUUUUCAACUGCAUCAGGGUUUGGUGCUGAUUCUCACGGUGAUUAUAAGGUGGUGAGGGUUGUGUACUGUGAAGGGUAUGAUGGAGAAGGCUUUUGCUUAACUUUACCCCCUGAGGUGGAAGUCUAUAGUUAGUACGGGAUUUUGGAGGAGGCUUGUAAAUUUUGAGAUUGAUGCUUUCGUUUCUCCUCAUGCGUCGACACAUGCACCUUUGAAUGGUGCUUGGCACUGGUUUUCGUAUCUAUUUUUUGUCCGGUGCUUGACACUAGUCUUGCUUGGAGGGCAAAAUGCAGGUGUUGUUGAGCGAGAUAGUGAUGACCUUGAGGUUGAGAGAGAUGACCGGAUUGGGUUGGCAGAAAAACCCGCUGGCUGACAUGCUUGGUAGUCUUAUGAUCGAAUUGAGGGGUUGAGUCUGCAACACAAGAUGCCUCACAAAGUCUAUGCCCUUGUGAUGGUAGCCUCUACUGUGGCUCUUCUCAUUUUGGUAUGUUUUGACAGAAAGGAGUGGCGGAUUAAAGCAGUGUUGUAUCUAUCUACCAGUAGAUAUAAUAGUUCGUUUGUGGUUUGAUUGGUUCAACUGCUAGAUUUCCUGUACAUUGUGGUGAUUAUCAGAUGUGAAAGCUUAAGAAGGACUGAAGGAGUAAUUAGCGAAGGGUUCAUUUUCUGAGACUUAUUCAUGAGGUUG